AUGGACCGGAAGACGGCGAUCGCCCGUGUUGUAGGCUCGAAGCCGGACAAGGAGGCGAGCGAGAUGGUGGCGAGCAAGGCGGCGGUGCGGGCCAAGCUCGACGCGGCGGCCGAGACGGCGGCGAAGCGCGUGCGGGCGGACGAGCUCUAA